AUGGAUGUUUCCUCCUCCGGCUGCUCCACGUUCCUCAUCGACUCCCUGCUCUCCCUCAGGCCGCCCGCAGCGCUCCUCUCCCGGGCAGAGGCUCCGGAGCUCAGCCCGUCCAGCUCCAGCAGCACCGGCAGCUCCAGCAGCACCGGCGGGGGCUCGGCGCCUCCUUCCCCGCGCAGAGAGCCUAUUCCUCGGCUAGAGUCUGCGCUGCUGCCCGGUCAGCUGCAGCACCGCUCCGCCAGCUUCCUGAUCCGGGACAUCUUAGCGGACUGCCGGCCCUACUCUGACCCGGGACAGGUCUGCUCUGACCCGGGACAGCCUUACCCUGACCCGGGACAAGUCUGCUCUGACCCGGGACAGGUCUACUCUGACCCGGGUCAGUCCGAGCUGGACUUCUCGGCUCCUCUCAGCAGCUCUUCUUCUGACAGCGAGUCCAGAGGUAAAAACCUUCAGUCAGGGCCGGACGGAGCUGCAGGGCGUCUGAAGAAGCCUCGUAAAGCUCGCACGGCGUUCAGCGACCAGCAGCUGGCGAAGCUCGAGAAGAGUUUCCAUCAGCAGAAAUAUCUGAGUGUUCAGGACCGAAUGGAGCUCGCUGCGUCCCUGCAGCUCAGCGACACGCAGGUCAAGACCUGGUACCAGAACCGCAGGACGAAGUGGAAACGUCAGUCAGCUGUUGGUUUGGAGUUUCUGGCUGAAGCCGGCAGGAUGUUCCUACCGUCGCCCUUCCUGUUCCCCCCCGCCCCCCCCAGCCUGGACCUCUACCUGUACCGAGGCCACGCCCCCCACCUGCUGCCCCGCCUCCUCACCCACACGGAACUGGUUCCUGACUGGUUCCCGACUGGUUCCCGACUGGUUCCCGACUGGUUCCUGACUGGUUCCCGACUGGUUCCUGACUGGAUAAAGACUCUUUAG